CCCCAUAUUCUACAAUCCCCCCUCGCGCUCUCGUUCCCUUUUCGAUCGAUCCCUCUCCAAAAGCUUUUCGCAGGGAUCCUCACCAGCAAUAAAAUGGGGCUAACAUUCACCAAACUCUUUAGCCGGCUCUUUGCCAAGAAAGAGAUGCGCAUCCUGAUGGUGGGUCUCGAUGCAGCUGGUAAGACAACCAUAUUGUACAAGCUCAAGCUUGGUGAGAUCGUGACAACAAUCCCUACCAUUGGGUUUAAUGUGGAGACUGUCGAGUACAAGAACAUCAGCUUCACCGUGUGGGAUGUUGGUGGUCAAGACAAGAUUCGUCCACUAUGGAGGCACUACUUCCAGAACACACAGGGUCUUAUCUUUGUGGUUGAUAGCAAUGACAGGGAUAGAGUUGUUGAGGCAAGAGAUGAGUUGCAUAGGAUGUUGAACGAGGAUGAGCUUCGUGAUGCAGUCUUGCUUGUAUUUGCUAACAAACAAGAUCUUCCAAAUGCAAUGAAUGCUGCUGAAAUCACUGAUAAGCUCGGCCUCCAUUCCCUCCGACAGCGCCACUGGUACAUCCAGAGCACCUGUGCGACAUCUGGAGAGGGACUUUAUGAGGGUUUGGAUUGGCUUUCUAACAACAUCGCUAACAAGGCAUAAGUGUGAUAUGAAACCAUUCCCUGAAUGCGGAUCUUGGAUGCGAGCAUUUGCUUGGUUUAAGUGGUGAGCUUCGUAUCAUCUGGUUGUGCUCAAUGUGUGCAUUUCUGGGCAGGGUUUUUGUGCUUUUGUUCUGUAGCGAGCGAUGUUGUGUCUGGUAUAAUAUUUGGUUGUAUUUCAAGUACUUUUUAAAACCUAAAGUUGUAACAGAGAUUAAUUUUGGUUGUUUUUUAUAUGUUUCUUAGAUUCAACUAAACUUCACUUUA